AUGGCACCAGCAGCCGCAGCGUCGAGCCAGGCGUCGUCUCCAAGCUCCCGUAAAGGCGGAAAGACAAGAGUUUUCUGGCGUCGAGUCUUACCUAAGCAAAAGAGGCUGACGACGCUGACGGCCCAAAGCGGACUAGCGCACCCAGGGGCCUCGUCACCGUCCGCGUAUCGGCCGUACCGCGUGUACCGUCAGGAACCACCUCCACGCAGCAUUACGAGGCCCGUAAGUUGGUAUUUCGCAUACCGCGUACGCUCUUCAGUCUUGUCGUUUCUGCCACUUGACGCCGCUUUUUCCUUCUUCUUCUUUUUCGGCUUCGACUUCGACUUCGACUUCGACUUCGACUUCGACUUUUAUAUCAACUUCGAGACGAGACGCAAGAAGAGCAAGAGAAGAGAGAGAGAGAGAAGAAACGAGAGUGCAGCGUUUAGUGACGAAGAAGAAACGACGAGGUUAGAGCAAAGGGCGACCAUUUGA